AUGUGUGUGGAAAGCGAUGGAUGUGAGAUAGAGGGCUGCAGCAGUUCGGAUGAGGUGCGCACGCUGUCGGGCAGCAUGAGUCCCGGACUGAAAUCCAGCCCGGACCUUCACCCCUGCAAACCGGGCCAGAAAUUCCGCGCCGCGCUGCUCAGAUGCCGCUCGCCGGCUGCCGCCGCCGGGAUCCUCAGCUUUGGGAACGUCCUCAAUUACAUGGACAGAUUCACUGUAGUUGGUGCUCUCAUCGUUCUAUGUCUCGUGCUGAGUGCUGAUUGA